CGCUGUUCACGAGUGUCACUCUUCCAGGCGCCACUUAACAUUUUCCCUGCUGAGUUUUACUGCUCCCGAAGAUGGAGUAGUACGACGCCGUUUUCUAUUCCCGUGGCGUGCGGUGGCGCUGGCGGGUCAUUUCGUGAGAUCAAAUUAACCCUGACUCCAGACGAAAUUAUGGUUGACACGUAUAUGAAAUGACAUGAAAUGACACACGUAUGUACACACAUACAAGUUACAACAUAUUACAUACAAUUAGAACCAAUACGGUAUACCUACUGUAUUCACUAUACACUAUACAAUAUACAUGUAUAGAUGUGAAUUAUAAAGUGACAAACUUUAACCUAAUAUGGUCAACACUCUCCACGACAACAUUCUAUUGAGUUUUUUUUCAAAAUUAACAAGCUCGAAAUGAAUUUUGAAAUUUUUUCAUCUACACUAAGUCAAUUAUCUAGCCUCAAGGUUUUCAACAUAGCUAAACCUUCCAAAAACUUAAAAAAAAAAUCAAACAUGCUUAAUUUUAUUAGUCCAUAAAUAUUUUGUAUGUCUAGAAGAUUUUACUCAUGUCGUGUUUGAUACGGCUGAAGUUUUGCCUUAUUGUAUUGCUGCCGUUCAAAAGUUCACUAGGUAUUACAAAUUUACAAAUAAGACAUCACAAAAAUUUAGAACUUUUAUAGAAAAAUACAUUGAAGUACUACAUAACGCGAUGACGGCUUAGCUAACAAGGAGAACAAGCAACGUUGCUCAAAACCUUAUAUUGUAUAAUCACAGUUCAUAGUCAUGAUAGACUUUAAGACCAAAUAUCCCGUUAACUUGUGGAAAGAUCAUGGGUUCUACACAGAUGAUUAUAUUAAACUAAUCAAUAGCCAUUGGUUAAAAUUCAUGCCUCCCAAUCCAACUUCGCACUACGUUCUCGGACUUCUAUACACCAUCAUCAUGGUAUUUGGAUGCACCGGAAACUCUCUGGUGAUUUUCAUGUACUUUAAAUGCAAAUCUUUACAAACGCCUGCGAACAUAUUAAUAAUAAACUUAGCUGUUAGCGAUUUUAUCAUGUUAGCAAAAGCCUCGGUAUUCAUUUACAACAGUUAUUACCUUGGCCCUGCGCUAGGGAAAUUGGGAUGUCAGUUAUGUGGAUUUCUUGGUGGCUUGACUGGAACCGUGUCCAUUAUGACGUUGGCAGCCAUAUCCCUGGAUCGGUAUUACGUUAUAGUGUGCCCUUUGAAAGCAGCCGUGAAAACCACUAAGCAAAGGGCCAAGAUGUGGAUAGGUCUGAUAUGGAUUUAUGGAUUUUCGUUCUCCAUCGUUCCGGUACUAGAUUUGGGGUACAGCCAGUACGUGUCGGAAGGUUAUCUGACUAGCUGCAGCUUCGACUACCUGUCAGACGACGACCGAGACAAGAGGUUUAUCCUAGUAUUCUUUACGGCUGCGUGGUGCAUACCGUUCACAAUAAUAUUGUAUUGUUACGUGAAUAUACUGAUGACGGUGUGGAUGACCAGUGAAAUAGUCACCAGCAGGGUUGGUCAACAAGAGGAGAAGAGGAAAACAGAUAUACGACUGGGGUACAUGGUGAUCGGAGCUCUGGCGCUGUGGUUUGUAUCGUGGACGCCAUACGCCGUGGUUGCACUCCUAGGCGUAUUCGACCUGAAGGAUUACAUCUCACCGUUGAGCUCAAUGAUCCCGGCGUUGUUUUGUAAAGUUUCUAGCUGCACGGACCCGUGGUUUUAUGCUAUCACGCACCCGAGAUUCAAAAAGGAACUGAUGAAGCUUCUGACGAAGAGCAAGACCAGAAAGCUGGUCAGGAACUAUGGUAUAAAGAAGGGAUGGGUCGGGUCACAUUUGAACAAAGAUUCUAAUGUUGGCUUCGAGAACCGUCUGAAAACCGAAUACAAUAAGGAAGCAAAUAAAACGAUCGAAUCCGAUAUCAACAGCGUGCAAUGCCAGGGAUCCACUUCCGGUCGCAAGACUGAAUCAACCAAACAGCCGGAAACCAAGUUCCCUGCAAGUGCCAGCCAAGAGAGUGUCAAGUACAUGCUUCCCAGCUAAUACAACAUACAAAUAUACAAUAAAAACUGCCAAAGAGGCACGAGGUCAUGAUGCAUAAAUAAAUCAUUGAGGAACUAAAUACUGGAAAUUUUUCAAGCUGGUCUAAUUCAAAAUAGCGAGAAUAAAAAGUGCGAAUUCCAAAGCAAAAAAAUUAAAGUUUCCUAUAAAAAUACACUCAUAUAAUUAUUUACAUUUACUAGCGGAAGAGUUGAGUUGUGAUAUUAUCUAUUUUAAUAUUUUAAUUAUCUUUAAAAAAUUAAAUAUCAUAUAGGCAAG